AAAAAGACAGGAGAGUCAAAGUAAGGAUUCGGUGGCCAAAGCCAAACACAGAAAAACAUUUUUUUUAUUCCUACUCUUUAUUUUCCCUGGGCAUCAUUUCACAGGGCCAACCAUCGAAGUCCCUUCUUCGCCUCCAUUUUCUCUGCUCAAUCUUAAUAAACCCUUUGCAUCUUAGAUCCGACCAACCUACGUCUCCUAAUCCAACGGUCGAUAUGGCUCUAUCGCGCAUCGCCUCUUCUUCUUCCCGCUCCUUCAACCUUCUCAAACCCCUCUCGUUUGCCAUCUCUCUUCGCCGCUCGAUCUCCAACGACACCACUCCCAUGACUGUCGAGACUUCCGUCCCUUUCAUCUCUCACCAGUGCGAAGUCCCCUCACGCUCAGUCGAGACCAAUCCGAAGGAGCUACUUACCUUCUUCCGAGACAUGGCGCUGAUGCGUCGGAUGGAGAUCGCCGCCGACUCACUCUACAAGGCCAAACUCAUCCGCGGUUUCUGCCACCUCUACGACGGCCAAGAAGCCGUCGCCGUCGGUAUGGAAGCUGCCAUAACCAAAAAGGAUUGCAUCAUAACCGCCUAUCGUGACCACUGCACAUUCGUCGGUCGCGGUGGGUCUCUGCUGGAAGUUUUCGCGGAGCUGAUGGGACGCCAGGCUGGAUGUUCUAGAGGCAAAGGAGGUUCGAUGCAUUUUUACAAGAAGGAUUCAAAUUUUUACGGUGGUCACGGGAUUGUUGGAGCUCAGGUUCCGUUAGGAUGUGGCUUGGCGUUUGCGCAAAAGUACUCUAAAGAGGAAACCGUGACCUUUGCUUUGUACGGUGAUGGGGCUGCUAAUCAAGGACAGUUGUUCGAGGCUUUGAAUAUCUCUGCGCUUUGGGAUCUGCCUGCAAUUUUGGUCUGCGAGAAUAAUCACUAUGGUAUGGGGACAGCAGAGUGGAGAGCCGCCAAGAAUCCAGCAUAUUACAAACGUGGGGAUUAUGUUCCUGGUUUGAAGGUGGAUGGCAUGGACGCCCUUGCUGUCAAGCAAGCUUGCAAGUUUGCCAAAGAACGUGCCUUGAAGAAUGGACCAAUUAUUCUUGAAAUGGACACUUAUAGGUAUCAUGGUCACUCCAUGUCUGAUCCUGGAAGCACCUAUCGGACACGUGAUGAGAUUAGUGGUGUUAGACAGGAGCGUGAUCCAAUUGAAAGAAUUAGGAAACUGGUAUUGUCUCAUGACCUAGCCACUGAUAAAGAGUUGAAGGACAUUGAGAAGGAGGUGAGAAAAGAGGUAGACGAUGCAAUUGCUCAAGCUAAGGAAAGUCCAAUGCCUGAACCCUCUGAACUCUUCACAAAUGUGUACGUGAAAGGUUUUGGUGCUGAGUCAUUUGGAGCAGAUAGGAAAGAAGUAAGAGCUACACUUCCAUAAAUUGAGACUCCUGUGGAGUAUCUUUUUUUUUUCUCUUCACUUCAGUUUGACUCUUUAUCCACCCAUCAAUCUUGGAAGAAAGAACAAUAAAGGAGCAAGGGAAGGUGGCCAGCUCUUCCCAGCUAUCUAUUUGAUUUUGCACUUGUAUUUGUAUAGAAUACUUUAUUUAUUCUUCCCCAGUUUAUGGGCAGAAUUGUUAUAUUUUAGCUGUUAGUAUUUUGGUUGCGCCCGCGUUUUACAUUCCCAUAAUUAAAUAGUUUGCUGCUGUGCUCAGCAAUGUAUGAAUAAUCUCUUCUGGGCUUUUAUGCUUACAUUUAUCGGUAUAAAGUAAGUAUCUUGAGGUUUAUAAUAUAUAUUUAUUGAUAACUUUGGCUGAAAUGUCUUGGGUUGGGUACCU